AUGGCAUCAGCCGCUACGCGCUUCCUCCUCGUCCUCGCGUUAGCCGAGUUCCUCCUCCGCCCGUCGGCGGCGGAGAUCACGCAAGACGUCUUCAAGGUGGACCUCCGCAAGUCCAUCCUCUUACAGAGGUUCGGGUUCACCAGCCGCGGGGCAGUGUCCAUCUCCGUGUCCGGCGCCAAGGCCUCCUCCCAACUCGACAAGCCGGACCUGCAUCAGUACGGGUUCUUCCUCCUCUCCGACGAGGCUCUGUUCCAGGCCAUCUCCUCGCAGCCGCUGCCUGCGGGUCUGAUCCUCGACCCCAACCAAGGAUGCGUCCUCUCGAGCCCCUACAUCAAUUCGCUCUUCAGCUUCGCUGACCUCGACGACAACGGCCACUACAACCGCACUUUCCCCGUCACCCACGCCGACGAGUAUAGCCUCUUCUUCGCAAACUGCGCGCCCCAGGCAAGCGUCAUCAUGGAGGUACGGAUAGAAAUGUAUAACGUCAACCUGGACGGCACCAAGGACUACGGCUUCUCCAUCGGCCAGGCCCCCGUCCCGACGAGAGGAACAACUAGUGCUUCGCUCUGGAUGGUGACGAGGAAGAAGCUGCUGAGCUGGCUCUCCGCGGGAAGGAGUUUGAGCUCUAGAGUGCUGCGAGGGGAUGCAUGA